AUGCCUUCCCACAACCAGGACAACCUCAUGCGUCUCUCAUCAAGAGAGUCGUCACAGCCAGCUCCAUCUAGGAUACAAAAUAUUCGAACAGGAGUCAGUCAGUUGUUUACGGGACGGUCGAGAGUUGGGGGGCCCAGGAGUCAAACCCCCCAGAGUCCCAAAACCCCGCGCUUAGCACUUGGCCUGGACAACUUUUCCUCAACAAGGCUUGUAAUUCCAUAUCUUACUCGGUCAAAUACAGUGUCUUCGCUGCCAUACCACUCGCCGGUAAGACCCGACCACAAUGGCCAACCUCCUGCAACUUCUAGGCCGAGCACCUCAACCUCUCGCCGACAGCGAACACAACGACCUCUCAAUUCGACAACACUGCCUCGGGUACGCCGGCCAGCACGCAGACUUGUCGGGGUAGACCCCGCAGAGCAGCGUUUGGCAGAAUUGGCACAAUCUCGCAGGACACAGAGGAGGGCUAAGGCCCGAAAAUCAGAAAGAAGAUGUGCGCCGAAAAUCAAAAACAGAACCAUCCGGGCAAAGAUUCUGAGCUGCUUCAUAUCCGGACUCUUCCUGACAUUCGUACUCACAAUCUACCUUGGACUAGCUUUGUCAAAUCGGAAUGAAAGCCAGGAAUUUCACGUCUUAUUAAUCCUCGUUAUUCUAAUAACCACAAUCUUCUUCUGCCAUUCCUUAGUCCGACUAUGCAUGAUGAUCAUGAACCCUCCCGCCGACGACGAUCACCAGAAUCAGAACCUACCAGGAAUGGUCGGACCCGGAGGUUUUGCCAACCCAACAGUCCCGAUCCAAGUUUCUCUCGCACGUGAUGAGGAAGCAGCCGGUAUCGAGAGUGAAGCGACCAAAUUCCCACCUCCCGCUUAUGGGUUAUGGCGAGAAUCAGUACGGAUGGAUCCAAAUCAGAUUUUCUGGCAACGCAAUGAGGUUGCAACUGCCCGACAAAACCCUUCUAGACACGGGGAAGAGCGCCCACCGACGGCCAAUAGACCGCCUUCGUACAUUUCUGAUGAUGGGGUUGAUUAUGUAGUGGAAGCGGCGCCGAGAUCAACCGCUCCCACUACAGAUGUUCCGUUACUUCCACAUCCUUCGGAACGAGGCCGGAUUGGGCCUAUGUCGUCAAGUUAA